AUGGGUGCCUGGGAAACAGACGACGAGUACCUCAGCGGUCCUGCGGCGACCUCGCUGCCAACACCACAAGACACGCCAUAUCGAACCCCAUCGCGAACCUCGAGAAGAUCCCGGCGUUCAGUUACCCCGCCUGGGAAGGGUAAUUCACCACCCCCGAUGCCCAGCGAAAAGGGUUCAAAAAGAUCCUCCAGGGAUAUCACGACAGAUGAGACCAUCAGCAUUUUGGACCCUCGGAGGUUCACACCCACACUGCACGCUAAUCUGGUAUCCGAGAUUUUAACUCUCCGGAGAGACCAGGAGGAAAAGCUUCGACAGAUCGAGACGCUUGAAUCGGCUCUUGAUACGACAAGGGAAGAGCGAGAGACUCUUCAAGAGAACCUGGUGAACACAGGCAAGGAGAGUCGAUCUUUGAAGCGACAACUAUCUCUUCUGGAGGGUGGAACAUCAUCCGCUCUGGGCGAAUUGGCUCGGGAAAGGGACGAUGCCGUCGAAUCGAUCGCCGAUGUUAAGAAGCGACUAGAGAUCGCUCAAAAGAAGAUUCGAAAUCAGGAGGAUGAUUCCCAGAGAGUGCAUGAUCUCUUGGCUCAGGAGAAGGACAAUUGGGAGGAGGAGAAGCGCAAGUAUGAGCGUAAGAUCCAUGUUGCCGAAAGCCGUCUCAAGCUCGUCCUGGAUGAGGUUGCCGCAUACCAGGCAGCCCAGGCUCAGAACGGCGGGGCCGGCCAUGAAAGUGAGGUCGAUGAGAGUGGCCGGGAGAACGAUGCUGCAAGUGUCAGAACGAUGAGCAUGACCAACAGCGUGCGGUUUUCCUUCAUGACCGGGCCGGGAUCCAUGAAACCCAAUGGUCACUCGCUCGCAGAUGAGCUCAAUUUUGACGACGAAGAUGAACAAAGUGACUUUGAUGGCCGAGAAAGCGCUUUAUCCAACCACAAUCCCUAUGCCCAUGCUCGCAACAUGAGCCGGGAUAGUGUCAUCAACCGACUGCAUCAUCGCCGCAACCAAAGCUUGGAGAGCUUGAAGCGAUCGGGAAGCGUGGCGAGGGGUAGAUUGUUCAUGAACCAGUCGGUCUUGGAAGCCCUCGAGGGCGAAGACGAGGAAGUUGAACCGCCUGCCCCCAAGGUUUCUUAUACGGAUACUGGAAUUCAGUUCUCUCCGCCUCCGUCCCCCAAGUUGCCAGUUGCCAAACCCAUGACGCCUGAGCCGUCUCUGUCUCGCGCGAAGUCACCAGAGGUUGAGUGUUCUCCACGCGGGGAUGGAGAAAUUGAAGCGAACCAGCGGCGCAAGCGUGUUCACAUCACCCGGCCUCUGUCGAUUGAGCCUGUCCCGCGCAAGCUCAUGGUGUCUACAUCCUCACAGACCAUUGAAGAGCCUCCUCUUACACCUCCCAAGACCCCCAAGUCUCCCAUGCGACCACCACCACCGCCACCGCCUCCUAAGGUUAAGACGCCCUUGAUGGUAGCAUCGUCGAUGCAAACGGAUCCUCCCUCUCCUCCCCCGCGUACUUUUACUUUCCCUCCCAUGCCCCCCUCCCCCCCGCUGAUCCCCAGCAUCAGCGUUCAUCCUCCCACAAGCCGUCCUGCCACCCCACGAGAGCCUAGAUUGCCUCAAUACUUCAAGGACUUUGGUUGUCAAGUCAGCCUUUCUUCGCCUGUUUCUACUUGCGAAGCUGCGGUUCAGACAGAGGGCAUCCAGACUGAUAAGCGACUGGCUCUGCUCCCAGCUCAUUUGCAGCCCUCAAACAUUAGGUCACGACCAACAUCUCCUAACCCGCCGUCAUCUCCGUUCGAGCCGUCAAAGCACUUCACUCCUAUUCCUGGCAAUGUUCCUCCACGCAAUCCACGCAGGUUGACGAACAGACGAGAUACGGGAGAAAUGCCUUCAUCUCCUAUCUCCAUUGCUGAUUCCGACAUGACGCAUGACGCGUACCCUGGGAACAACGAUGAUGGUCCGCUUUCCAGCCAAAAGGCUCCGAUGCGACGCCCCCAUCGCUUCAGCAGCCUCUUUGCCGGGUUUGAUGGUGGCAGCUCUGAUGAAAUUGAUGAGUUUGGUGACGUUGAUCUGAGCGACUCAGAGUACCGAACGGCCUUGUCUGCACCCAGGCCCAAGUCCAUUUCAAGUCGACCAGGCAAGCGUAGCUCGACUGGCACAACAACCACCAACGGGACCAUUCCAACCUCGCCUGAACAGAUUACUGUUCGACAAGUGUCUCGCGGCUCGAUGAAGCCAUUUGCAAGCGAGCUCUACAACUUCUUCUCGGGGGAGAAGGACCUUACUCAUCGUGUGUCUGUUUCUGGCAAGUCCGGUAGAGCUUUCGAGAAGAGUCCUGCUGCCAUGUCUUCCAACCGAGCGAGCGUUAUGCGUAAGGCUGCAAUGAUUCAGAAUGGUAUUGCUAGUCACCAGGGCCGAUCUAGGAGUCCCAGCCUCCAGGACUCGAAGAACCCUCCCUUCCCGAUCCCAACCCGAGCCAGCUCAAGGAAGCCCCCCUUCAGUUCAAGUGCCCCUAGUGAUGGACAGAGAAGCCCGACUCGUGGAGAUAACUUCUUCCGCCGAGGAACUGGUCGUAGCCAUCAUCGAGCAGGCAGCAUUCGAAAGGUCCGCUCUGCAGCUGCCCUUCCUCGCAACCAGCGACGUCGCAGACAGGGCAGCCGUUCCCCUCCACCGUUGUCUCCAUCCACCGAGGCGCCUGAAAGCCCGAGACUUCCUCCCCUGCCCAGAAACGACAUCACGACCCCUCGGAACCGUGUGCGGGGUGGUGAGCAGUUCCGUCACAAGCACCAACUGUCGGUUACCACUGCCAACACAGUUAACACCGUUAACACAAUGAACACGGUCAACACUGACAACACCAUGAGCACCGAUCCUCCGACUGUAGGCAAUGGGGCUCAAAGCAACAGCGUAGUGGAUGCGAUUGCGCAGACGAUGGUUGGAGAGUGGAUGUUUAAGUAUGUGCGCAGAAGGAAGUCGUUCGGAGUGCCCGAGAGCAACAGCAAGGAUGAGAACAGCAACGACCGUCACAAAAGAUGGGUUUGGCUCGCACCAUAUGAAAGGGCAAUUCUUUGGAGCAGUAAGCAGCCGUCGUCUGGCAGCGCCCUGAUGGGCAAGACCGGCAGAAAACUCACGAUUCAAUCCGUGCUUGAUGUUAAGGACGAUAACGCGGCCCCUAAGGGCUCGCCAGCGUUGUUCAACCGGUCGAUCUUGAUCCUUACUCCGCAGCGAGCGUUGAAGUUCACUGCAACCUCUGCAGACAGACAUUACAUCUGGCUGACGGCCUUGUCCUUCCUAGCGCACUCUUCGCAGGCAGUCCCAGAAAUCAUGUCAGCUCCACCGCCCCCGGAACAUCUGGCACCGCUGCCAGAUUUUGAUAUUCCUCGGAUAAAGAUGAAGCGAUCCGGCAUCAGGGACUCAAUCCGACUAGCUAAGGGACGAACCCAUGUGUCCAGAGCUGCCACUCCAAGUGUCCCAAGUAUACCGAGCGCGCCCUCGUCUCAGAUGGGCGAUCUGAUUCCUUUCCCCCUCACGGACUCUGUGGGAGGCAUUUCAUCCAACCACUCGCGAGAUGGUUCUGCCGAUGCUGCAGAGCCUCCUUUCAUUCCCCGUUUUCACGAUCGAAGCAAUCCUACGACGGCCCAUAGCCGAAAGCGAAGUAACACAGGCGGACAUGUACCUCCCCCCCUUUCUUUCCGUGGCUUCUCUGGUCCUAUUGGGGGCAGUCAUCAUGCUCCCACCAACAGCACUGCCGGUGCCAGCACUGGCACUGCUGGGUCUUCCGAUAUCUACCAGUCUCAGGCUUCGAGUGCCGGCACUUGGCCCGUGAGCCAAGCCGUCUCUCAGAGGACGUCAGAGGCUUCUUCACGUCCUAGCAACUUCUUCGACGCUAUUGGGACGAUGCGGAUGGAGGCCUUUAUCAGCCCCCUCGCACCCACCGGUUUCGGCGACUUCCCCAAUGAGCAGGACGAGUUCCGACACGAGAUCCGAAGAAGGAGCAAGGAGCACCGACGGAGACAGAGUCGAAGCCGACACCGGGACAGCUAUAACUCUCGAGGUACUCGUGGCACCGAUGACUACUACAACGGGAGUCGAACAGCAGGCGAGGAAGAUUUCUUCCGAGAUGACCCCUUCAAAGGGUUCUAG